AUGACGCAGGGGAAGCUCUCUGUGAAUAACAAGCCUGCAAAUUCUGAAGGGCAGCAGGGAAAUGCUGAACGGAAGCACCCCACUGCCCCAGCAGUACCACCAACCUAUGAAGAAGCAACUUCGGCAGAAGGGAUGAAAGCAGGGGCAUUUGCCCCCCCUCUGAAUGUUCCUCUCCAUCCCACUUGGGCAUAUGUGGAUCCCAAUACCAGUCCUAACUAUGGAAGUGGAUACUCGGGGGAAACUGAGACCCUCACAACUUUCAGCUGGGAUGACCAGAAUGUACGCAGGGUGUUCAUCAGGAAGGUUUACAGCAUCCUUUUGCUUCAGCUCCUUGUUACAGUCAGCAUUGUGGCUAUCUUCACUUUCUGUGAACCAGUUCAAGGAUACAUCCAAGCAAAUCCAGCCUGGUACUGGGCUUCCUAUGCUGUUUUCUUUAUCACCUAUUUGAUCCUUGCCUGCUGCUCUGGACCAAGGAGGUACUUCCCAUGGAACCUGAUCCUCCUCAGCAUCUUUACUCUGUCCAUGGCCUACCUGACAGGAAUGCUCUCCAGCUACUACAACACCAAGUCCGUCCUCCUCUGCCUGGGGAUUACAGCUUUGGUUUGCCUCUCCGUCACUAUAUUUAGCUUCCAGACCAAGUAUGACUUUACAUCUUGCCAGGGGGUGCUCUUUGUGAUGCUGAUGGUGCUGCUCUUCAGUGGGGUCAUACUGGCUAUUAUGCUUCCCUUCCAUUAUGUGCCAUGGCUCCAGGCCAUUUAUGCUGUACUGGGUGCAAUUGUAUUUACAAUGUUUCUGGCCUUUGAUACCCAGCUCCUGAUGGGGAAUCGUCGCUAUGCCAUGAGUCCAGAGGAAUACAUCUUUGGAGCCCUCAACAUUUACCUGGACAUCAUCUACAUAUUUUCUUUCCUCCUGCAGAUCUUUGGGACCAGUCGAGAAUGAACUUGGCUGAGUCUGUAGGUCCUGUGCCUGAUAAAACAGAAAUAUAUUUAGAGAGAAAGAGAAAGAGAGAGAUUUAUAAUAACACAAUAAGCAAGAAAGGAGAGAGGAAAAAGAAGUAACUUCUCUGGCCCUUUAGCAAGCUCAUUGCAUCAAGUGAGCAUCUGCUCACCCACUGGCCUAUUUGAGCUCCCUCUGCAGCCUGUGUGUAAGUGUGUGUGUGUGUGCCCGUACACACGCACGUGUAUAUAUAUUUAUAUACACAUGCUGUUAGGGUAAACUGGUAUAUAUGCUAGGCUUUCCCUUGCUUCCAUAACUGCUUUCAAAAUGUAUGUUGAAAUUAGUGUAGCAGUACUGGAAAUGGCACUGAGGGGGGAAAAAAAGAAAAAAAAAGAAAUACUAUUGCUUUUAACCUAGAGCUGAAACAAAUGAAGAAAGGAAUAAGUCAGAAAUUUAAGUUUGUCAUAUCCAAAGUGAGCAAGUUGUUAAAACUACAGAAAACCUAUGUGAAGUUCAUUUUGUAUAAUGUGCAUUGUUCCAAAUUUCAGAGUUUAAGUUCUGGCACAAUCCCAGUCUGUAUAUUGUUGUUUCCACUUCUAUCUGCCCCUACAAAGAGUUGAGUGGAUUAUAUAUGGUUCUCAGACACUUUUCCAUCCAACUGGAUAAUAAGAUUUUAUCUGCUUAACUUUCUUGGUGGCACUCUGUUAGGGGCCUUCAUUUUUGCUAGACCGUUGAGGCACACAAAAUGAAAUCAUUUUAUCUGGCCUUUCCAUUUAAUUUCCCAAUUUCUAGUUGAGGAUAUAUUUUAAAAAAUGUUCAGUUCUUUUGCAUAUUUUUGUUUCUGCCUUAAUUCCAGGCUAGCCAGAGAAGGAGGGGAAUGUGAACCUCAUAAAAAUGAUCUUUGUGGUCUUGCUUAGCCAAGGACAAUGUUGGAGCAAUGCUCUGGCCCCAGUCACUGGUGGAAGCCACCAUGUACUUACACAUGUGCUUCUCCUAUAGCAUGUCUUCACCUGUCCUUGCUCUUCCCCCACCCAAACAUCAUUUUCUUGGGGCACUGGUGGUAGGGCAGGUGAGAUCUUUCCAGGAGCUUAUCAGUGCCCAGAAGGAGACAAGGCAAUCAACGCAUAGAGAACCGUCGUUGAUUUGAGUCCUUACUUAUUAUCCCAAUAUUUUGUAAGUGGUCGAUCAGGCUUUGUAGAUGGAGAGCACCCUGCCAAAAUAUGGCACCUUCAUACAUAACAAAAUCUAAAGAGGAUUUCUAAAAAGGAUUUAUUCAUUCUCCUUAAGAGACUCUGAUAACUUUGCACUUUCCAAUAAUCCUUUAGAAGAUGAAGGAGCAUAGAUGGCAACCUUACUUCUCCUAUAAGACAUUUUUG